AUGACUGCUUUUUUGUUUUGUAUUAAAUCAGUCAUUUUGUAUGCACUAUAUCAAAUACAGACAGGUGUUAUGCCUGUUGACAGUAGUGUACUAACGAAUUCCCCUUUGCAGCUUCAGACCGAUGUCUGUAGACGUAUAGUGCAAAUGCGGUGCCCAGCUAUCCGUGUGUUCUGUGGAUAGCUCACCUUUCUAGGCCUAGCUGGUCACAGCAGAAAGGUAGGGAGGUAGAUGCAUUGUAUAGAAGCUGCAAACAAGUAGGUCCUUUAUUCAUUGUUUUUCUUUCCCCAAAUAAUGCAUUUUAAAUUUGUAUGUACCUAUUUGAAUUUUUUUUUCCUAAAACUUAAACUGAGCUGCUGUUUUCUUCCAUGCAAUAUUGUAUACUCAAUUGUGUAUAGAAGAAGCUGGUGAGAGUGCCCUCCUACAUAAAUAAGCAAUUGCAGUGUUUUGCAUGCAAAUUUUAAAAAAUUAAAUUGUCCUCUGAUUCUAUUUUGUAAAUGGAGAAACAAUCAUAUCUUUCUAAGCAGUAAUGGAGGAAGACUAGUGCUUUGUGCAUUUUGAUAUAUUUGAGUUCAUUUUUCCACAAUGUCAUACUUUUUGACACAAUUGGGUUUCUCAUACGUAUCCUAGUUCAUGUACAUCCGAAUGCUAAAUACUGUGUUUAAGUUCUGUGUUGCAAGAACAAAUGGAAUAAACUUGAAUUGUGCUACA